AUGUCCAUGUCCUCGUCCCGCUUCUCCAUGGGCUUGGGGGGCGGCUAUGGUGGGGGCUACACCUGCAACCUGGGUGGGGGCUUUGGCUCCAGCUUUGGCAUGGCUGACAACUUGCUGGGAGGCAGUGAGAAGGAGACCAUGCAGAACCUCAACGACCGCCUGGCCUCCUACCUGGACAAGGUGCGCGCCCUGGAGGAGGCCAAUGCUGACCUGGAGGUGAAGAUCCACGACUGGUACAAGAAGCAGGGACCCGGGCCCGCCCGAGACUACAGUCACUACUUCAAGACCAUCGAGGAGCUUCGGAGCAAGAUCGUGGCGGCCACCAUUGACAACGCCAACUUGGUGCUGCAGAUCGAUAAUGCCCACCUGGCAGCUGAUGAUUUCCGCACCAAGUAUGAGACGGAACUGAACCUGCGCAUGAGCGUGGAGGCUGACAUCAACGGCCUACGCAGGGUGCUGGAUGAGUUGACCCUGGCCAGAGCCGACCUGGAGAUGCAGAUUGAGAACCUCAAGGAGGAGCUGGCCUACCUCCGGAAGAACCAUGAGGAGGAGAUGAAUGCCCUGCGAGGCCAGGUGGGCGGGGACGUCAACGUGGAGAUGGACGCCGCCCCUGGCGUGGACCUGAGCCGCAUCCUGAACGAGAUGCGCGACCAGUAUGAGAAGAUGGCGGAGAAGAACCGCAAGGAUGCCGAGGACUGGUUCUUCAGCAAGACGGAGGAGCUGAACCGCGAGGUGGCCACCAACACCGAGGCCCUGCAGAGCAGCCGCACGGAGAUCACAGAGCUGCGCCGCACGGUCCAGAACCUGGAGAUUGAGCUUCAGUCCCAGCUCAGCAUGAAAGCGUCGCUGGAGGGCAGCCUGGUGGAGACCGAGGCACGCUAUGGAGCCCAGCUGACCCAGCUGCAGGGGCUCAUCAGCAGCAUCGAGGCUCAGCUGAGCGAGCUCCGCUGUGACAUGGAGCGGCAGAACCACGAGUACCAAGUGCUGCUGGACGUGAAGACCCGGCUGGAGCAGGAGAUCACUACCUACCGCCGCCUGCUGGAGGGCGAGGACGCCCAGUGAGUGGAGGGCACCCCGCACCUGCUCAGUGGGCUGGAAGAGAAAUGCACGGUGACCACCCGCCAGGUGCGGACCAUUAUGGAGGAAGUCCAGGACGGCAAGGUGGUCUCCUCCCGCGAGCAGGUCCACCGCUCCACCCACUGAGGCCCCUUUCCACCUGCAACAGCCCAGCCUCCAGGGCCCAGGGGCAGCCAUUGCCUCCAGCUCCCAGCAUGCUA